CGUUGGGAUUCAAUGCUUUUUAAAAGUUUAUUUAAUGAUUAAAAUAAUGAAACAGUGAUGGAGAAAAUGUUUAGUGAAGACUAACUAACAAAAUUCAAAAUGAAGUUCAUGGACAAAUUGCCAACUGUGAUCAGCUGUUGUUUCUGUUGUUUCCUCAGAGCUGGAUCCGUCAUGAUUGGGCUCGUGUCCUUUAUAGCAGGUCUUAUUCUUGCCCCAAACGUAAGUCACUCACAUGGGUACUGGGACCUACAUGGAGCCAUAUUCACCAAGGAGGGAGCCGUCGAGGCUAUGAUCCAAAGUAUUCUGGGCUGUAUUUCUAUUGUACUGUGUGUUGUCAGUGUCUGUUUGGUCGUUGGCGCUCUUUGUAACAUACCAAAGCUGAUUUAUGUCUACCAAUGGGGUGCACUGUUCUACAGCAUGACGGUUUUCGCACUUUUCUUUAUAUUGAUGGUCUACUGUUUGGCUGUACGCGGAAAUUGCGCUGUGGCCGCAGGUUCAUUAGUAGUGAUUAUGAUUCUUAAUGCGUUAUUAACAACGUAUUUCAUAAUUGUGGUAAACAGUCUUCGAAUGUCACUGAUAUUUUUAUCGUCUUCAAGUUUAACUCUUUAAACAUUUUCGUUUGAAAAUGUAAACGUUAACUGUAACCGUUUCUUUACUUAUAUUUCGACGGUUGUUUUUACUAAUCUA